AUGCCGGUGCUACGCUUCUCACGUCUUCAAAUGUCCACACGGUACUCCCGCUGGCUACAAGAUGCUCGCGGAGGCCGCGCAGCGGUGAGUGACGAGAAGAGAAGCAGUCCCACUUCUCAGGCAGCAGUCAGCAGGGCAUUGCACGUAUGCGGCAAAGUGAUCGCGCAGUACGGGGCUGCCUCGAAGCCCCGUCGCAGUGGCCUCGCAGCAGCACGUCCCCCAGCAAACAGCAGCAGCGCAAGCGAUGCGACCAGUCGGCAGGUCGCCGUUGUCGAACAGUGCGAGUCACACGCUCGUCCCCCGCUUAUAUAG